AUGGAUCCAGUCGCGAUCCAGAAUGCAGUGCAGGCAGCAGUGGCCGCCGUAUUGCAGGACCAAGCCGUCAUCAACGCAAUCCGCCCUCCGGUAGUAGUGCCUCAACCAGCACCCCCUGUUCCAUUCGCAGUCAAUCCAGCUGGAGCGGGAAACGCACCGUGGGACUUUACGUCACCUACCGGCCUGAAGAUUUUCAUUGCGUCUACCACUCCCCUCAGCGUCACUUAUGACGGAAAGGAGGACACUCUACGUGAUUUCCUUCGCAAGAUCUAUCAGAGGGCCGAGUCAUACGGAUGGACCGGCAUUCUCAUGGUAUUGGACACAAGUGGAACGUUGAGGAACAUCACCACCCAUCAUGGCUGCAUCACUCUUGCAAACGUUCAGGCACAUGCGACAACAUACUUACGUCUGGAGCAGCGUGAACACCAAGCCUCAGUUUGCCUCAGGAAACUGAUCAUCGGAUCCAUCACUCCCAAACUCGCUGAUCGUCUGGCUACGAGAAGCGACAGGUACAUCAUCAACGCGGCAGCAGCAGCGCAGCCAGGACAACCAGCACCUGCCCCCAUCAUGAUAGAGGAUGGCACAUGCAUGUUGCAUGAGAUCAUCAAGCUGAUCUUGGUCGAAACCAGGGCGUCGGUUGCCAUCAUUACAAAGAAACUAACCAACCUGGAAGCCAUCAUGGAAGAAGCCAAGUCCGAUGUGCAGGAAUUCAAUUCCAGAGUUGAAGAGCUGAUUUCUCAGCUCGACGCGAGGAGUGUGGAAAUCCCCCCCAUGCUUGAGAACUUUUUUGAAGGAUAUACAAACUGCGCCGACCUCAAGUUCGUUGAGUACAUGGCCAGGAAACAGGAGGCAUACGAAGAUGCCACCAUCGAUCUUGAGUAUCCAGCUCUCAUGAAGAUGGCACUCGAGAGGUUCAAGAUUCUCGUGGACAAGAAGGUCUGGCUCAAGAAGACUGAGCAAGAGCUCGAGAUUCUCACGCUCAAAGCCGAGAUCUCGCAUCUCAAGACCUCCCCGUCAAGCACCAAGUCGGGAUCGUCAUCUGGAAAGAAGGCUGUGAAGAAAGGCAAGGACGACGACAAGUAUGCCUGGAAGCAGGUGGCUCCGAAGGAAGGAGAGCCACAUGAUGUCACCCGUGAUGGAAAGGAGUACAUUUAUUGUCCCCACCAUCAUACCACCAAAUGGGUUCUCAAAGUCAACAACAAGGGCGUCGAGCACAGGACCGGUUGCAGCAAGCUCAAAGAGAUGGGCGACAGGGCGCAGCAGGGACAGUCGGCAGCCGCUUUGGCAAAUGCGAUGGAAGAGACUGACGCCGAUACAUCUCAGGAGCCAGAGGACGAGAGCAUUUGA